GUGAGCAACAGUGGAGUGAAAGCUGGACGCUUUACCGUCAUCAAACACCGCUGGUUCCGACAACGUGAGAAUUGAUACAGCAGCGGGAGCGAAAGUUAAGCGACCCGUUUGUCAGCAGCAGUGCGCUGUUUGGAGCUGUGCGCCGCGGUCCUGGUUGCUUUUUGUUUUCGGUUAGACUGCCGUUACCUUGGAUAGCUCAUUAGCUUCAACUUGGAAAGCAAAGGCUAGCGCAGAGCUAACCUAGCUGUGUUGCGCCACCGGCUGCUGGGAACUCUGCAACACAUUCAUGGCUCGAACACCGGACUGCAUGUGCAUAUGUAAAGUUUUCAUUUUUACAGAAGCGACGCCCAUGACUCGUUCGGAUUAAACACACUUUCGGGAGGAAUACGGGGUCACUGACGAUCUGGCAUUGCGACACUGCUUGUUGCGCCAAGGCGAAGUGAGUUUUUGCCGUCAUGUAUUUUCUCACCGGCUGGCCCCGGCGGCUACUUUGCCCGCUGAGGAGCGAAGAGGAGCCGUUCCACAUCCAACCCAGCUCCCAGAGGUUGUACUUCGCCGUCCUGUCACAGACACAGCUCAGCAUCUGGUUUAGUCGGCCCAGUGUUUUGAUAGUCAGCUAUAUCGAGUCUGCGAAGGCGGCUGCCCAGUUUGGCUCCUACCAGAAGGCCGAAUGGAAACCAGACGACUCCAUGAUCGCUGUGGCGACUGCCAAAGGCUACAUCCUCUUGUUUGAUGUGCUGGGUGGCGGGGAUGACAAAUCCCUCUAUGAACCGGUCUAUCCAAAAGGAAGUUCUCGUGUGAAGGUUACCCCCGGUUACAAGGAGGAGCAAUGUGCCCCCGCUUUGUCUUUAGAGAUGAAGAAGCCGGUGGACCUGGAGGCCCCUAUAACCAGUCUGCGGUCCCUUCAGGAGGACUUAUUUGUCUGUACCGCAGACGGCUAUCUCCACGUGCUGCACUGGGACGGGCUCGGCAGCAACGGACGCAAGUCCAUCUGCCUCGCUACAAUCCCCUUCUCUCUCGACCUGCAGUCUGCUCGAGGUGGUCCCUCUCUAGACCUGGAAGAAGUGCAUAUCCGUUGUAUGGAGUAUUGUGUAACCCUGGACGGCUUUGCUGUGGUGCUGAGUGACGGACGGCUGGGCUUUAUCACUCCCCUCAGCAACACCAUCACCGCAGAUCAGCUGCAGGGCGUCUGGGCAGCAGAUGUGAAUGAUGGCACCUGUGUGGCUGUCAACACCAAGUACAGACUGAUGGCCUUUGGCUGUGCCGGUGGCUCGGUGCUGGUGUACAUGAUCGACACCACGACAGGAUCCAUGCAGCUCUCCCACAAACUGGAGCUCACCCCAAAACACUACCCUGACAUCUAUAACAAGACGGGCCCAGUCAAGCUGAUCUGCUGGUCACCUGACUACAGCGUUGUCAUGGUUACAUGGGAGUGUGGCGGCCUAUCGCUGUGGAGUGUCUUUGGAGCUCACCUCAUCUGCACUCUGGGAGAGGACUUUGCGUAUCGCUGUGAUGGUACCAAGAAGGACCCUGUUAAAAUCAGCUCUAUGAGCUGGGGAGCAGAAGGCUACCACCUAUGGGUGCUCCCUAUCAAACAGGAGAGGAAAAGGCAGGAAGUGCAGCAGCAAGAGGAGGGGGUGGAGGAGAAGGAGGUGGAGAAGAAGGAGGAGGAGAAGGCGACACCUCCUCAACCCUCCCUGCAGGCCGGCAUACUGCAGUUCCAAUUCAUCAAGAGUGCCCUGACGGUCAACCCCUGCACGAGUAACCAAGAGCACGUGUUGCUCCAUGGGGAAGACCGCCUCUACCUGACCUGUGGCGACACCUCGCAGGUCCAAAGCACAUCUGACCCGCACACACACACGCACCCACAAGAUGGCAGCCCGCUGCACCAUCCUCCCGACCCCGACUCUUCUCUCUCUAAGGGACUCAGCACUUUACUGGGACACAAGCACUGGCACGUGGUCCAGAUUCACAGCACAUACCUAGAGAGUAACUGGCCUAUACGGUUCGCAGCCAUAGACACGGCAGGCCAGUGCAUGGCUGUAGCAGGAAGACGGGGCUUUGCACACUACUCCUUAUUCACCAGGAAAUGGAAGCUGUUUGGAAACAUCACUCAGGAGCAGAACAUGACGGUGACGGGAGGCCUGGCUUGGUGGAAGGACUUUGUGGUGGUGGCCUGUUACAAUUUUAUUGACCAGCAAGAGCAGUUGAGGCUCUAUCAACGCUCGUCUAACCUGGACAAUGCCUUUGCGUCCGUCACGAAGCUGCACUCGGACACUCUGUUGCUCAACGUCUUCAGAGAUCUGGUCAUCCUGUUCAGAGCCGACUGCUCCAUCUGCCUCUACAGCAUCGAGAGGAGGAACGACAGUCCAUACCCAACAGCCAGCGUGGAGUUGUUGCAGGAGGUGUCGAUGUCUCGCUACAUCCCUCACCCGGCCCUCGUGGUGUCCGUCACACUCACCUCUGUGCGCACAGAGACUGGCAUCACAUUGAAAGCCCCGCAGCAGGCCGGCAUGGUAGAGAGCAUCAUGUUGAAUCUGGCUGGCCAGUUGAUCAUGCUGCAGCGGGACCGUUCAGGACCGCAGGUCCGGGAGAAGGAGACGCCCGCCAACAACAAGAAGCUGCUCCCGUUUUGCCCCCCGGUGGUGCUGGCCCAAUGUGUGGAGAAUGUGUGGACCACCUGUCGCUCCAACAAGAAGAAGCGCCACCUGCUGGAGGCCUUGUGGUUGUCCUGUGGUGAGGCCGGCAUGAAAGUCUGGCUGCCGCUGUUUCCCCGAGACCAUCGCAAGCCCCACUCCUUCCUCUCCAGGCGCAUCAUGCUGCCGUUCCACAUCAACAUCUACCCGCUGGCUGUGCUGUUUGAGGACGCCCUGGUCCUGGGGGCAACCAAUGAGACUGUGCUCUAUGAUCGCAUGCAGGGCUCCUCUGAGCCACUGGAAGCGCUGUUCCCCUACUGCACUGUGGAGAGGACCUCCCAAAUCUACCUCCAUCACAUCCUGCGGCAGCUGCUGGUUCGCAACUUGGGUGAACAGGCGUUGAUGCUGGCUCAGUCAUGUGCCUCCCUGCCCUACUUCCCUCACGUCAUGGAGCUGAUGGUGCACGUCGUGCUGGAGGAAGAGGCCACAUCUCGGGAGCCCAUCCCCGACCCGCUGCUGCCCACCGUGGCCAAGUUCAUCACAGAGUUCCCCCUCUUCCUCCAGACCAUCGUCCACUGCGCCAGGAAGACGGAGUACGCCCUGUGGAACUACCUGUUUGCCGCUGUGGGAAACCCCAAAGAUCUGUUUGAGGAGUGUCUCAUGGCUCAAGACCUGGACACGGCGGCCUCGUACCUGAUCAUACUGCAGAACAUGGAGGCUCCUGCAGUGAGCAGACAACACGCCACUCUGCUCUUCAACACAGCGCUCGAGCACGGCAAGUGGGACCUCUGCCGGCACAUGAUCCGAUUCCUCAAAGCCAUUGGCUCUGGGGAGAUGGAGUCUCCGCCCCCAACGCCCACCACUCAGGAACCCAGCUCCACUGGAGGUUUUGAGUUCUUCAGAAAUCGCAGCAUCAGUUUGUCCCAGUCGGCCGACGUCAUCGCCACGGGCAAGAUCAACCUGCAGAAGACCUUCAGUAUGCCUUCUGGACCCUGCGUGAAAGGGCGGGAAGCGGAGUGUGCAGAGAACAUGUAUAUUGACAUGAUGCUGUGGCGCCACGCCCGCCACCUCCUGGAGCAGGUGCGCCUUCGCGACCUCGGUUGCUUCUCCGCGCAGCUGGGCUUCGAACUCAUCGGCUGGUUGUGUCGCGAGCGGAACCGGGUCGCUCGCGUCGAGGAUUUUGUCUCUGCAUUGAAGAAACUCCAUAAGGACUUCCUCUGGCCGUUCCCCGUUAUUCCUGGAGGAAGCGUCAGCUCGCCUCUGAAGAACGGACGGUGUCGCACGGUGCUGAGCACUCGGCUGUUGAAGUCCCAGUCAGCUGACAGCCUGCUGACCAGCGACAUGGACACGGCGCCCCCUCAGGCAGCUUCCGCCAGCCACGCCUGGCUGGAUGGGCUCGGGCAGAGGUCCAAAGACACGGCGUCUUCUGCUCAUUCCAACCAACACUCGCCGCAGACGCACGAUGCUUUCCUCUCUCUGCUCACCAACAAAGUGGAAGAGUGCAGCAUCGGCUCUGCUACAGAUUUGACAGAGACCAGCUCGGUGGUGGACGGCGAUUGGACGAUGGUGGAUGAGAACUCCUCCACGCUGAGCCUGAGCCAGGCCGAGUUGGAGCACAUCUCCAUGGAGCUGGCCAACAAAGGCCCGCACAAGUCCCAGGUGCAGCUCAGGUAUCUGCUGCAUGUGUUCAUGGAGGCGGGCUGUCUGGAGUGGUGCGUCGUGAUUGGUCUGAUUCUCCGGGACGCCAACGUCAUCAAGCAGGUGAUCGGCUUCCUGGACAGCCCCGAGGUUCCCCAGGACACGGUGCAGAGCGUCAGAAGCGGCUUACUGGCUGUCGACACGUGGGUCUCCACUGAUUGCCUCGGUUACAAACCGUUUCUAAAGCUGAUCCAGCCGCAGCUGCAGGACCUGAUGGACUCGGCCGCCGAGCAGGUGCCGCCCGAGGCCUUCCAGCCCACCGGCCAGAGCUCGAAGCUCGGCGGCCCCGAAGGGCCGGGGGGCGCCGCAGUACCACGGCCCGAGGACAGUAGGGGAGUGGCGGCGCCGCUGGGCCUGGCCCCGCCCUCCCUCGAACCCGCUGGAAGUUUCCCCCGUCCCCCCUCCGAGGAUUGCCCUCCUGAACAGACCGAGGAACAAGGAGACGAGGAGGGAGCCUACGACUGCACUUUGUCCUGAAGCCUGGAGCCUCCUCUGGACUCAAACCUGUGAACUCGAGGGAAAGAGAGGAGGAGGAGGAGGAGGAGGAGGCGGCGGCAGCAGCUGCUUACUUAAAAGUGUGUGUGUGUGUAAAGUACCUCUCCUGCAGGUUCUUACAUGGGUCAGUAUUAUCCACUCUUUAGAUUUGUUUUGACUAGAACUCCCGUGGAGAGACGGACCCACAGAGACGGGAUCCUGUCUGAUGGUUCUUCUCUCACGAGCCGCGGCGUUUGUGCGGUUCCACAUCGAGUUGUGGUGUCUGGAAGCUGUAGACCAGCACAGGAGAGCGCCAGGCUUUUAACAUGAUUUUUUUAUUAUUAUUUCAAGACCGAUGUUUUGUGCGCUUCACUUUUAGUUUGACACUCAUUCAAGUGCAACGCCAGACUCCUCCUCUUCGUCCAGACAAAACCCUCAAUUGCUUCCUUUCGGUUUGAAGCAGGCGGGUCAAAGACGACGACACCCCGGAGGGCGUAUUCGCAUCGGCGUCUCGCUACGCAGAGCAAGCGACACGGAGAACAAAGUUCCAGACGUGAACUCUUUCCAAGAUGCUCCUGUGUGUCGGAGUCUGGAGUUUGGUUUGUGUGCACAAGAGGUGUUUCAUACUUUCAUACCUCAUGAGUUCAAGAUAUUUUGUGAUACUUUUUUCAAUAAUGUAACAGUGUACAAGAUGAUGUUAUUUUUCUAUCAAUUACACCGUGCCCCUCUUGAGUUUCACUAUAUAUAUAUAUAUAAAAAAUGAUAUGAAUUCUAGGUAAUUCUUGAGAACAUUAAGAUUUCUAAGACAAAGAUCUCAGAGAAGAAUCCGCUGUUGUGAGUGCGGACUCGUUUCUUCCCACUGAUCAACAGUUCCUCUGUUCAUGGUUUUUCUUCUUUGUUUCUCACACGUUGAAGGGGAGUCUGAGCCCGAACCAGCCCGGCUGAUCUUCUUCAUGUGGUCCAGAUUGUAGACACCAAGCAGAUCAGUGUUAAGCUUCCCCGUGGUGAGCAGAUUUAAGGCCGUGCUGUAGUGCAAGCGCUAUUAAAAACCAAAUCAUGAUGCUCUAUCCAGCUUUUAAACACACACGUGGGUUUUAUUCUCCAAGCCGCGAAAAACAAAAUGUGUUUCCUAUCAGCUUCUCAAAUAGUUAUUGCGUUAUUGAAGCAUCCUCCUUAGACUUUGCACCUAUCCGAGCAUCAUGGGGUACGGUGGACACUGACAUGUCAGUCUCAUGUUCAAGGGAGGAGGAGUUGAUUCAGUCGUUGCGUUGGCUGUGUAGCGGGAGAGUUGCGUGACUUGAACCUCAUCGAAUGAUGACGAUUGUUAUUGAAUCCAACCCAAUGUGCACAUCGCUCCCAGAACAGCUCGCGGAAAUGAACUCCGAUUUGUGCGUCUGCAUGGAAAUCUGAAUAUGUACCACAUGGUAUUGAGACCGUGUUGACAUGUUUGGUUCCUUUCAUCACGUGCAAAUGGAUUUUAAUAGUAUUAGUCCUCAUUAUUAUGACUUAUUUAUUGGCAUCAUAGCUGAGUGGUAAUUACUUAAUUGAUUCUGUUGGUUUUUAUGACUGAUGACAAACUUCUCCCCUUUUUAGUUCAACAAAGUGGCGUAUUGCUCUCUACUGGAAGCACGAAAAGGUUCACCGUAGAUAUGUCAGUAUUAUAUUGUGCAAUGUAUUGAAAUGUUACUCAGCUUUAUUUCCCAUGUUCACUACGUUCCCCCAGGCGGUUUGCUUUGACUUUUCACGAUCGACCAAAUCCUAUUUUAUCUUUGCAUCGUCUGCUCGAGUCGGGCGUGGCAUCUGUCGACGGUUGGAUUCUCCGGUGGUUUCUGCCGAGUCGCCUGUAUUGUUGGAACACUUGCUCUUCACGAAAAGGCCGAACCAAUGUGGUCAUCCGUCGACGUGAAUCCGGUCGGCGCCUCGUGGCCGCGGGCUCGUCUCCUGAGCCGCAGUCAGCUUUAGUCGACUUAAAGAGUCACACGACGAACCAAAGACGUGACGUCCUGAGGCCUUCUGUUGCCACGGGUUGUUUCGAUAGAGCGCGUGACUUAUUAUGCAGCGGUGGAGAAACAUCGUGACCCCGUCCCUCUCCUGAGAAACAGAACCAGUGAUGCUCUAAACUAGUGCCGACGGCAUACAAGACAAUUUCCUACGGAAAUGAAUAUUGCAAAUCUUUUUUUUUUGUUCCGUGUUCGAGGAGCGGUCUGCCGGCCGCAGCUCGUGGUACUCGGGUGUCCCGCUCGCUCCGAGGUGGACGGCGCUCCCUCGCUCCUGUAUACAGUUAAAGUUUUGCCUGGUUCCCGAGUAGAUUUAUUUCUGUCGCGGCAGCAGCGAACCUCCUCAAGUGUAAAGUCUUGUACAUUUGCCUUUUCUACUCAUGGCUGGUUUUAUACUUUUUUUCCCCGUGUACAUAAAGACCAAUAAAUUAUUUUUUAAAUUGUAA